AUGAGCGCUGCCACAGAAGAUGUGCCUUCGGCGAAUGGUCAUACAGGUCCAAGCGAUACACCUGCUCCUAAUUCGCAAACACCAGGCCACCCCAGUUUCCGAAGACAACGAGCCAGUCGGGCAUGCGAGACGUGCCAUUCUCGGAAGGUCCGCUGUGAUGCAGCGUCCUUAGGGGUACCAUGCACAAACUGCGUCGCAUUUUCAAUCGAGUGCAAGAUCCCUGUACCCAAGCGCAAGAAGAAUCAUACAAGUAAAGCAAAGGAGGGAGAUAGUGACCGAGACACGACUCAGGACUAUUCACCCCUCCCAGAUGGACCACACCAGUAUCAAGACAACGGUAAUCAUGGCUAUACUCCUUCCGAUGAGCCACCAACAUAUCAGUUGUCUGAAGCGCAGGUGGCGCAGCAAGAGUCUCAGUCGAAUGUCCUCACUCAAUUUAUGAAGCCAAAAUUUGCACGCGCUCCAAUCAAAGAAGCUGGUCGUGUUGCGUACUUGGGAGAGUCUUCGAACCUCUCCCUCCUUGUUCACGAUCGGCAUGGCACCACAGAUGUUGUCCACUAUCCGCUGCCGGAGAACAUUAGGGGAUCGCGAGCAAGAUUGACGGAACCAGAUCAGCAAGAGAUAGACAUCCUACAACAACGAGGAGCCUUCUUACUGCCACCGAGAUCGUUGUGUGAUGAGCUGGUGGACUCCUUUUUCAAAUGGGUUGCUCCCGUGGUGCCCGUAAUCAACCGAAGUCGGUUCAUGAGAAGAUAUAAGGACAAUAAGAAUCCCCCUUCACUCCUGCUUCUGCAAGCUAUUUUGCUCGCCGGGUCGCGGGUGUGCAGCAAUCCUCAGCUCAUGGAUGCAAAUGGCUCUACUACGCCGGCCGCCAUGACCUUUUACAAAAGGGCCAAAGCUCUUUACGAUGCUAACUACGAGGAUGACCGAAUCACCAUCGUGCAAGCCCUGAUAUUGAUGGGUUGGUAUUGGGAGGGACCUGAAGAUGUCACCAAGAAUGUCUUCUACUGGACAAGAGUAGCAAUUGUCGUUGCCCAGGGCUCUGGCAUGCACCGAAGUGUGGAGAACUCUCAAUUGAGCAGGCCCGACAAGCGGUUGUGGAAACGUGUAUGGUGGACAUUAUUUACUCGUGAUCGAUCGGUGGCUGUCGCUCUUGGGAGACCAGUCUCUAUCAACACAGACGACUCUGAUGUUGGCAUGGUGUCGGAAGACGACUUCAUUGAGGAUGAGGUAGAUUCUCUUGCUGAAUACCCUCCAGACCAUAUCCAUGUGCAAUUUUUCUUACAGUACGUGAAACUUUGUGAGAUCAUGGGACUCGUCUUAUCACAGCAGUACUCGGUGGCAUCCAAAGCACGGAGAACAAACGCCAUUGAUUUAACUCACAGCGAUAUGGCUUUGGCCGAUUGGCUCCAGAACUGCCCUCGAGAAGUGUACUGGGAGCGUCCAAGGCAUCAUUUCUGGUCGGCGUUGCUUCAUGCCAACUACUACACGACGUUAUGCUUAUUGCAUCGGGCGCACAUGCCACCUGCUUCUGCAUCGAAUGACUAUCACGCGAUGGACAUGGCAUACCCUUCCAGAAAUAUUGCUUUUCAAGCCGCCGGAAUGAUUACCUCUAUUGUCGAAAAUCUGCAAGCACAUGACGAAAUGCGAUACACCCCUGCUUUUAUCGUGUACAGUUUGUUCUCUGCAUUGAUUAUGCAUGUCUAUCAGAUGCGGUCCUCGGUUCCUUCAGUAGUCUCUGCGAGCCAAGAGAGAAUCAAUGUUUGCAUGCACGCCAUGAAAGAGGUGUCCAAGGUUUGGCUUGUUGCCAGAAUGGUCCACACAUUAUUUGAGUCAAUUCUCGGCAAUAAGGUACUGGAAGAGCGGCUUCAAAAGACGGCAGGAAAGCGACACCAGAAGAGCAAGACUGGUCCCUCGAACCCUGCUCCGAAAAUUCAAGCAAUCGGGAAGCGAAAGUUCGAUGACAUGGAGUUUGGUUACUCGAGCGGACCACCUGCGCCACAACUGUCAUAUGAGCGUUCACGCCCACAAACGCCUUCUCUCACCCCCAACCGCGAUCUAGGCCACCAGCCUGCAGGGGUAGCAGGUCUAUCUUCGCCGCCUCCAAGAAACGCAGCAGACCAGUUCUUACCGCCUGGACCAUCACGAGGCGGCACACGACCAGCCUCGCCUUUCCCUGGAGGAUUUUCCAUCCCCGCAACACCUCCAGACCUCUUCCUGGUAACGCGCCAUUCGCCGCCAAUACCACAAUCCUUAUGGGAGAAUUUCCAGCCUGACCAGCUGUUUCCAGAUGGAACGAACAUGACCAUGUCAUUCUCCUCUCCCAACGGCAACCCCGUUGAUCCUCAGCUACAGAUGCCGACACACUCUCAUGAUGAUGGUAGCUCUAGUCUUCAAGGGAUGGCAUCUAACAUGGCUCUACCGCAGGUCAACAUGGGCAUGCAUACCCAGGGGUGGUCGAUGGAUGAGAUGAUGGGUCAUGGUAUGGAGCAUCAACAACAAGACGAUAAUUGGAGUAAUAGCUCGCGGGGUGUGCCUGCUGUGCCGAACGCACUGAAUGUGGAAGAUUGGUUCCAAUUCUUUGGAAUCAAUGGUGACGUGAAUGGUAUAAGCGUUGACGGUCAGUAA